UGUUUGUUUUCCAGAGAGAAAGGCAUUAAAGAUCCCAUUUUUCUCGAAAGGGUCGGUCAGAUCUUUUUCGGUGUCGCCAAUUGUCAUCUUCUCUGUCGGCUAAACCCUUACUUGGUACUUUGUUUCUUUUUCCGGUGCGUUUUGUCCAAGGGAAGCAGGAGAAGAUGAAGAGAGACAGAGAUGGCAAGAAGACGCUCGUGAAGCCAUUGUUCCCUAGGGUUCAUCUUCGGGACACAGAGAAAGGAUCUUACAGAGCUCCUCCCAGGAACAAGAUGGCUCUGUACGAACGAUUCACCAUCUCUCCUCCUAAAUCGAAUCAUCAGGGUUUCCACUCGGGCUAUGAAACUGAAUCGGGUUUGAACUUCUCAGUUCAGCAAUUUCCCUCUGUGAUAUCAGUUCCUGUCUCACGGGAACACCAUGUCCAUCGGUCUGAUGCUAUGAGCGUGAUUUCUCCUGCUUCGAGACGGGUUUCGAUGGAACCGAGGUUCAACCAUUGUCAAAGCGAUGCUGAAAACGUUUUGUAUUGCGGAGAUGGCGAAACGGGUAAUGCAGCUGAGAUCUCGAGUAGCUUGGAUGAUGGAAUUCUUCCCGAGAAGAGAAGCGGAGAACCGAUUGUAGUCGAUGACAAUGUUGAUGACAGCUACACCUAUACUGGUGUUUCAGAUGUUUCUCUAGUAGAUUCUGGAUUGGGACGGGAAAUACCUCUGGACGAUGUCGUGGGCUCGAUUGGUCAGAAACGUUUCUGGAGAGCGAAACAUGCGAUUUCCAAGCAACAGAGAUUGUUUGCAAAACAAGUCUUUGAGUUGCACCGUUUGGUUAAGGUCCAGAGACUUAUCGCCCACUCGCCUCAUCUCGUGUUUGAUGAUGCCGCCAUUAAAGUAAAACCUUCUCAAAAGAAGGAGAAGCUUCCAAAACCUUGCUCUGUAGUAAAACCAUGGGACAACGAUGAUGAGCGUGACCCGGAAGGUUCUGCUGAAAACACUCCCGGGAGAUUCCCGUCCCUACCUCAGAUGAAAGCCCAUAAUCUUCCUUCGAAUCAGCUUUACCUCCGGGGUAUACCAAUGGCAGCUAAUCUCGGAAGAAGUAUCCAGCAAUCAUCUGGGCACCACUGGUUGAUCCCUGUGAUGUCGCCUUCCGAAGGACUCAUCUACAAGCCAUGCCCUGCACCAUCGAGCUUUGGAGGAUGGGGGCGUUUCUCUAAUUUCGCAUUCCCUCCUUUUGGGUUCCCCCCUCCUCCUCCUCUGUUGUGUCAGCAAAAGGGAGCAUUCUCUCUACCGGUCGCUCACCCGAUGGUCAACCACUUUCCUCCCUACAACAUGCCAGUUAUUUACCCAACAUCAUUCCCAGGGAUGCAUAUGGACCAGAGAACUCACUCUAACCGAAGCGGUUCGACCGUUCGAGACCAGGACUCGUGUAAUAUGCUUGGGCCGGUUAAUGGGACCACACCACCACAGGUCACAAGAGACAAUGUCCGGUUAGAGCCAAGGCAACAGGUCGAGGAUGCAUCUCGUAGGCCAUCAAACCUUGGGGAUUCAGAUGAAACGAACAUGGUGCAGCCAGGGCGAGUGGUUCGGGCUGUGCCAUGUAAUCCCAGACUGGCACCGGAAUCUGCCGCCCGGAUUUUCCGUUCCAUUCAGGAAGAGAGAACUCGGGCUUGACUCGGUUUUUUGGAAUCGUUUAAACAAUUUGGGAAUGUUUUGUCGGUUUUGUGAUUUAGGGUUUAUCAUCUUUUUA